AUGCUGUUUGCCUUGAUGAAAGCGGAAUGUCCCGGGAUUGGAGCAGAGUUCGUGUUUCCUAUCAGGGGGCACAGUUUUCUGCCUGUGGCUCGUGUUUUUGGGAGGAUUGAGCAACAGAUACGGAGAAAGGACACCAUCCUCAUGCCAGAGGAGUAUUAUGAGAUCCUGCAAAAUCAUGGAAAGGUUCAUAUCUACGGGCAACACUGGCAGGCUUAUGAUUUCAAUGAGGAGACCAGGGCUUUUGUAAAGGCACAGAAGUCCUUUAAGUUAAGUGAAGCAAGAAUGCUGGAGCUGAAAAAUGGCAAGGUUGGGUUCAAGGCUGUGUAUAACGGUGAUUACUGCAUACACUCUGUUCUGAAGAGAGGGAAAACCUGGGCAAGCUUCAAGCCAGGUCAACUGGCCAAUGAAAGCACAGUGAAGGAAGCAAAGAGAAGAGACGUGCUGAACCUGCUGCGUGAAAUUGGUGCGAGCGAUGGUGUGCGUGCCUUUUACAGUGAUGCACUGUCACAGGUGAAUGUUGACAGUGACAGUCAUGAAGAAUAG